GUUUUUUAUCGUAGUUUAUCUUUCUCCCGGUCUCUAUAUUAUUGAUACAUAAAAACGAAGAAAUAAAUCAGGAAAUAAAUCUACGAGUGAAGAAAUUUAUUAAAAUAUUUUUGUUAAGGAAAAAUUUAAAGUCGUACACUUAAAAUUACAUCCAUAAAUACGUAUAAUAUAAUUGGUAUCUACAAGGAAAACGUAUGAGAAAGACUUAGUGUGUACCUGCCACAGGCUCACCUGUAAUUACACGCGCGCACACGCAUAUAUAUAUAUAUAUACAUACAUACAUAAGCAUUCGGUACGCAGAUACCGCAUCGUCGAAUCAAACCGUGGGAGUGUGUGUAUAUAUAUAAUAUAUCCACAUAGCGAUGUCGCUAAGUAAUGAUAAUAAUGUGCCGCAAGCGAGGCUCUGCCACAUUGUUAAAUGGGAAGACUUUGACGGAUAUGGAUUUAAUUUGCACGCCGAGAAGGGUAAGAACGGACAAUACAUCGGCAAAGUUGACGAAGGCUCGCCCAGCGAGGCUGCGGGCCUUAAGCAAGGUGACAGAAUCAUCGAAGUGAACGAGAUCGACAUAUCGAACGAAACUCACAAGCAGGUGGUAGAACGCAUCAAGGCGUUUCCAAACGAGACCAAAUUGCUCGUAGUCGAUCAAGAGGCCGACGAUUACUUCAAGGCCAACAACAUCAUCAUCAAAGGCACCCUACCUAAUGUCAAGGUCGUAAAAACUCCCGAGAAAAAUCCCGCGUCCGAGGAAGAUCAGACCACCGUCAAUUACGCUCAGUCCAUUGGCAGCAACAGCAGUUUCGACGAGAGUGCUCACAAAUCAGUCAGCUCAACGGACAGCGGCAGUACAGCGCCGACGGUUGUAAACAACAAUUCUGGCAUUGAACAAUCACGGGAAAAUGGUAACAGAAUUGAUCAGGACGAGAACAAUGAAAAUAAUGGAAGUGCCGGAAGCGGUAACGGAAACGUUCCGAACAUCAGCGGAGGCGAACAGAAGGGUUUGAACUUGAAAAUGAGCGCGAAAGAAUUGCGCGCAAAGUUGGCAGCACGCAAGAAAUAUGAUCCGAAAAAAGAAUCGAUGGAUUUCAAAUUGAAAUUCGACAUUGUUCAAAAGUUGUAAUAUAAUUUAAUUUUUUUUUGUCCAAUUUGUUUUGUUUUUCCCUACCCUUCUCUUCCCAAUUCCUCUAUAACACGCGUUUCUUGUACGGUAUAACCCAUUGUUAUUAUUGUUUGUACACACACACACACACACACACACACGAAUAUAUACAUAUUUGAAAAUGCAGACAAAAAAAAAAAAAUAAAGGUAAAGAGAUGAAAUUUUUUUUUAUUUUACGCGAUCUAAAGAUUUUAAUUUCAUUAUUUUACCGUUAAUUGUCGACGAGAGAAAGACGGAGAACCGAAUUGACGAUCAGAUGCAUAUCAUAGUAUAAUAAUUGCAAAAGAAAUUCGAGCGCAUCUAAAGAAAAAUCAACUUAUAUCUAUAUCUAUAAAAAUAUAACAUAACCAUAAUCAUUACUUUGAAAUAUAUUAUAUUUCGCAAAUAACUAUCCAGAUAAUACGUGUAAUCUCUCAGUACUGUCAUUUUUUCUGAUAGAUUUUGAUUUUUUUUUUCUACAAGAUUCGAUUUCGACUGUUGAAAUGAUUUGAUUUUGAUUUUUUUUUUUUUUUUGCUGUACUUGUUUGAUGUGUUUAAAUUUUGACCCCGUUAUAUCCAUAUACAUAGAUCAAUAAUUAGUUGGUAUAAGUAAGAAUUGAAGAAUAAGCAACAUUGCGAAAUAAUGUGAGAAACGAAGAAGGAAAAAUAUAAUGAAUGGAUCAAUGUGCAAUGGAAUAUAAUUAUUGUUAUAAUCUACCCGUAAGUGACCGAAAAUAAAAAUACAAAAUUCAUGAAUUACGUUUUCAAAUUACUUGCUAGUGUACUUUGUAUAUCAUGUAUAUUGAGAUUGUUAAAUUAAUCGACGAUAUAUGCAUAUGUAUCUAUUUGUUUAGUAUGUAUAAUAUAUAUAUAUAUAUAUAUAAUUGUGCCAUGAAAAAAUUAUCUGCAAGAAUCAUUAUACAAUUUAUACUAUGUCGAUCUUUCAUUCAACAUGCAAUUUCUACUACCUUGAAUAAAAUAACGAAUAACCUAACCUUUCUCGAACUUACGUGAUAAUAAUUCUAUACACAUUCAUGAUCAAAUUAAAUAUAUAUAUAUAUAGUGUUUUGACCAAAAUAAAAUUAUAUGUUAUAACAACCUUCGUACUGUUACAAAAAUUUCAACUUAGCGGAUAAUUUAUUAUUCGUUUCUCGUGGAUUUUGAAUACUAUAUGUGUAAUUAAUGAAUUUUAUGCCGAAUAAAUGUUACAUAGAGAUUA